AUGAAUUGUAUAUCUGGACAGGACCAGAGCAAGACAACAAAUGUCCAAGCAUUUAUUUCCUCUCUCAAAGAACAAAGCAUGGCUGUAAAUUCUUUUUUACUGCAUCUUCUGCUCACUGCCGUUCUGGCAUGGGCUACUAAAGCACAGGAAGAGACUACUAAUGAGAUGGACAUCCAAACAGCUUAUCAGACCAUAGAUCCUUUGUUGAUUUCUGUGACAUCAGAGGGGCCUCUUACCACACCUGCAGAGGCGGAGAAGGAUACUGUGCCACCCACUGGCACUCGUUGCCAAGGUUACUACGAUGUGAUGGGCCAGUGGGACCCUCCGUUUAAUUGUAAUGCGGGUAUCUUCCUAUACUGUUGUGGCACCUGUUUCUAUCGGUUCUGCUGCCAGUUUCGUCAACAACGUCUGGAUCAGACCUCUUGCUCCAACUAUGAUUCUCCCAUUUGGGCCAACACUGGAAAACCUGUGGCCACCAACACUGAGGUGCAGCCAGACCAUGAGCGGGAUCGCACCCACAUGAUCGUGUACAUCAUCUGUGGUGUGGUGGCCAUCAUGGUCCUAGUGGGAAUCUUCACGAAACUGGGGCUGGAGAAGAGUCGGGGAGGACAGAAUGACCUCAGUAAUUCAAGGACCCUGCAAGGGUUGCUGAAGCAGCCAGGUGGGGAGGUGAGUCCUGUGGAUGGACCUUUGAGCAGCAUGACCUCCAUCGGAGACAAUGGCAUCUCUGCCAGGAUGCUUCGCAGCCACAGCGAGCAGUACCAUCUAAACAACUCUGGCUUCUCUUUCGGUACACCAGUCGGACUGCCUCAUCCUCAGAGCAACCUCAGCAUACCAGGUCUUGCGCUAAAUAAGUACAACUCUCUAAAGGCAGUUGCUGAUAUUGCAAGCCGAGGCUACUACAAAAGUUAUCCAGUAAUGGAGUUCUCCCAGCAUCAUUCCCCACCUGUACCCUUCCAACCGGUGCUUAUGCACCCAAAAGACAAGUCCUACCUUCACCAGGUCCUCCCCUCCCAUGACAUCCAUUCCCCCCUUUCCAUCUCAAUCCCAACCAACCAGCUGGAGAGGACCCGCAUCCCAAAGACCACCACCCACUCUCAAAUCUCCAACUCAGCCUUCAAAGCUUGGGAUUCUGGGCAAAGACACGUCCACCGGCAGACCUCACAUCCAGGGCACUCCAAUCGCAGACAGACUUACAGCAACAGGAGGCAGUACAGCACAGAAGCACUACCUGAGUUCCUUUCCCAUCCCACAGGCUAUGGGGGACACCCAUUGUAUCAGCCCCAUCCCAAACUCAAGGCCUACCAGACAAACAGCAAGACAGAGGUAACUGUCUGAGAAAAAGGAAAAGAAGAAAACAACACCCCUGACUGUUAUCGUGUUUGUCAGCAGGCUGUAUACACAAAGAAUACAAUGUCAUGUCAUACUUUGGAACUCCUGGUUUCUCAUGGUUUCUUUUCUGUCCCAGUUUACUGGCUUCAUCUCUGAUCUUUGUGUAACUGCAGCAGAACGCUCCUCUCUCAGACAACAAUGAUGUGAGUGUUCAGACCGAAAUGCAGGAAUGGCCCCUCAGGCCACAUUAACUCAAUGGGGACAGUGCAGUCAUCACAUCAGGCUAAAUCAGUCAUUAAAGAGAGUGAGAAUGGGACAUUAUCCUGCUCAUCUUUAUAAAAACACAACCUCAGGAUCAAUUAUGUGGAAAAACGACAACGUAAACUUGUUCUCCUGUCCAAGAACAGGGUCAAAGAGCAAAGAACGUCUACAAAAGCCAGAUGUCUGCUCUCAUACCAGGAUUUGUGUAUGAGCUUCCGUGGAUGUGUUGAGGAUUUUGUGUUGAUGAGGAAAGUUCAACUUCAGAUUUCACAGUCUUCCUCUGUGGUCUGAGCAGUAACUCUGCUUCAAGGUCAACAUUUCAUUAAAUCACUAAUUAGUUUUAAGGGAAUGAGGUUGAGGGAAAACCUGUCACAAGGCAUAAUAAUCCAGUUCCCGCCAUGGGCAACAAUCACCUUUGUACAAAAGAAACAUGUUGCACUGUCAGUGAACAUGAGGCAAAACCUGCUCACAUGAAAUGAAGAAUUACACACACUGCCAAAGCCAACAUAAAACUGAUCAAGAACCACACAGUGCUCACACUUUCCAGUAUUUCAUCGAAACAGACAUUCCGAAAAUCCUGAAAACUGUUUCUAGACCCUGGAUGCAUUUUCUGCAAAAAGAUCAGAGAGGAAAUCUUGGUUUUUGAUGCUGCAUUAGUUUAACAUCCAAACCACCUCAGACGUGGAGUGGAGCCAUCAAAUCAUUUGAGAUAAUCCAACUUCAUCAUAUCUUUCUGUUAUAUCUGUUACUGAAUAACAAUUUCUGAGUUUCUGUCUCCAUUUCUCAAGACUGCUUGACUAAAAGUGUGAAUCUUCACUGUCAUGCUGAGCUGAGCAGCUCACUUACAGAUUGUUGUCCUUAGUUGGUUGCCUCAUGGUGCUCAAGAAAAGAUGCACAGUCAUGCUUGAAGAUGCUUGCAGCUCAGAGCAAUCAUCUGGGAAUGACGCACAUCAUUCCAUAGAUCAAGUUAUGCAAUGAAUGAAUGAAUGAACGUUAGCUUUUCUGAUACUACACUCAAAGCGCUUUACACAUAGAGCCAAUUAAUGGAUUGGGAUUAUUAGGAAGUCAUGAUUGAUAAGAGCCAAUGGGGGGAAUUUGGCCAGGACACCGGGGUUACACCCCCUACUCUUUUCGAGAAGUAUCCUGAGAUUUUUAAUGACCACAGAGAGUCAGGACCUUGGUUUAAGGUCUCAUCCGAAGGACGGUGCCUUUUUACAGUAUAGUGUCCCCAUCACUAUACUGGGGCAUUAGGACCUUCAAAGACCGCAGGGUGAGCACCCCCUGCUGGACUCCCUAAUACCUCUUCCAGCAGCAACCUUAGUUUUCCCAGGAGGUCUCCCAUCCAGGUACUGACCAGGCUCACCUGCUUAGCUUCAGUAGGCAACCAGUCUUGAGCUACAGGGUGAUAUGGCAAAAAUAUCAGUUCUAGUGAAUUAACCAUGAUUGAAAUCAAGAUCUCAAAGGCACUAGUUCUGUAGUAGGCAAACCUUGUACUAUUUACCUUCUUUUGUUUGUCCUUCUUUCAACUUGGAUCAGCAGAGUGAGUUAACAAAACUUUUACCUCAGAGACAAUGUAUCAAAACAGAAAAAAAGAUCUAACUCAAUACCAUAUACCACAUCCGAUAGGACAGAUAACCUUUUCUGCAGUCGAACAGAGACUCUGAUAGGAAAUCUAAAAAGUUUUAUUUCUGAAUAUUUACAAAUGUUUGUAGUCAAAAAUUUAAAGUGCUUCCCAUUUUCUAGUAUUGAGUCAUGCUUUUCUCCAACCCAGAUGUUUUUGUGAACUAGACACUUCUGCUUUUUCACAUUUAUAUUGAGCAUCUUAAAUGCAUUUCUGUAUUCCUGUACAUAAAUUGUAUUUAAUAACUACACAGACUAUUACAUUUUAGAAAUUUUUAAAAGAUAGGCUUUAUGAAAUAAAAGUGUGAAUAUAGGCUACUAUUUGUUACAUUGUAAAUGUUACUUAUGUGUUGUGUAUUAGUUGUGAGAUGUUAAAUAACUAUUUGAAUAAGGGCUUUUAACUUCAAUUGGAGUUAAGAGGAGAUAGGAAAUUAAUUAGGAGAUUGAAAUUUUAACAUUUUAAGUUGAAAUCAAAACUAGAAAACAUAAUAUAUAGCUAGAAUAUAUUUUGCAAGAAUAUUUACGGAUAUGCAUACAGGUAAAAAAACAAAAAAACAAUUCCAAAUCAACAUGAUCAGGGGCCGUUCACACCGAACAAGUUAUUACGCCAAAAAAAAAAAAGAAGCUAUACACAGCGCAAAAGAACGCAGGUGUCUCGAGACGCGCAUUUUAAAGUUGUAGUUAAAGGAACAGUUCACUCAAAAAUGAAAAUUCUCUCAUUAUUUACUCACCUUCAUGACAUCCCAGAUGUGUAUGACUUUAUUUCUUCUGCAGAACACAAAUGAAGAUUUUUAGAAGAAUAUCUCAGCUCUGUAGGUCCAUACAUUGCAAGUGAAUGGUGACCAAAAUUUUGAAGCUCCAAUCCACAGUCCGAAAUAGAACUCUUUUUCACUAGAAAUCUUGACAUCAUCAGUCUCCUUGUCGAUCAUAAUUUCAAGCUCGAGUACACUUUUUCAAUUACACUUACAUUUCAAGCUCAUCUGUGCAUGGGUCAAGCACUAAGAAGUGCAAUCAAGCUUGAAAUCAUAAUUGUUUUUAGAGACUGCACUGGAAAGAUAUACAGUGCAAACUGAGUUAUAUUUUGGUAUGUUCUCACUCAAAACUGAUUGGAUCGCUUCAGAAGACAUGAAUGAAACCACUUGAGUUGUAUGGAUAUCUUUUAUGCAGCCUUUAUGUGCUUUUAUGAGCUUCAAAGUUUUGGAAUCCAUUCACUUGUACGGAAUGGACCUACAGUGCUGAGAUAUUCUUCUAAAAAAUUGUGUUCUACAGAAGAAAGAAAGUCAUACACAUCUGGUAUGUAUUUAAAAUGAUGAGAGAAUUUAAAUUUUUGGGUGAAUUAUUCCUUAAACUUGACACGACGUCUGUGCAAGGCUUCUGCGCGAGACCUUAGAAAACAACGAGACGUUGCAACGUCAAAGAUUAUCCAUCUAGAUUAUGUUUACAUAAUGAAAAGAAGUGAAAAACAUCACAGACGGACGCAAAAACGUGUAUGGUGAGAACAGCCCCCAAGGGCUUUGAAGUAAAAAGUGUUUUCAAAUUUGGAUUUGCAAUGUCUCUUUUUGAAAUAAAAGUACUAAAAAAAAUAAUAAUAAUAAAAAAUAAUCACAAUUUUUGCAGUGUUAGUUUUUGUGUGUAAUAAUUGAGUAUUUUAUUUUAUAAGCCUAUUUACAUACAUGUUAUAAAUUCUUGAAGUCAUGGCAUGGUUCUUUCCCAAACUUAAUGCCAUUGAGACCAUCAUCCCUCAUGGACAGGCAGGGGUGAACUGGGAAAAGAAAUCGGCCUGGGAUUUUACAUAGAAACUGGCCCAAAAGUUGUUGAAGGGGGGUGUCGCUAUCCUUUUCUGCAUAUCGUGGUGCCGUUUUGUGGCCCAUUCGGCCCCGUUUCGCGGCCGGCCAACCAGGAAAAGUCCCGGUUCUCCCGAUGGCCAGUCUGCCCCUGUGGACAGGUAAAAUUCAGAAGGGUUUGGUGGUCGUCCAUGCAGAAAACACAACUCGCCACAAGGAACACCUCAAGACUCUUUUCUCGAAUUUUGAAGAAAAUCUGUGCUGUAUCUCUCUCGCCAUCCUUUGGUCACUGAUGGUAGCUCAGUGUUGUGUAAAACUCUCAGGUACAAGAAUCACAACAAAAGCACUACAAAUUAUAUAUUGCCAAUUGAAAAACAUGAGUUUCCUAAAUUGAAACAAGCAGUUGAAGUUAUAUUCUCUUAAAAGAAAUGCAUGGAGGAGUUUGUGUGGCGUACAUUCAGAGAGAUUUCACUAAUUUACUCAUUUUUAUUUUAAAAUAAUUCUGCAGGCAUCUUUCUUUUUUUAAACAUAAAAAAGUAGAAAUAAUAAAAUUUGCUUUUGACUUUGCAAAAAGCAGAAUAAUAAGUAAUCAAAUGGGAAGAAUGCUUUCUAAAUGCACUGUGUAUGUUUGAGUGCAGGUGCAACAAUAAAACACUCCUAAACAUAGCAUUUUUUCCCUUUUAUUAUUUUCCUUUUUUUUUUUUAAAUAAGUUCCAAAUACUCUGAAACCUGGACCCCAGCACUGACCUCCACCAGCUAAU